CUUCCGGGUAACGGUGUCGGAAACGUUUCUGGUAUGCAGAAAGGCGGAUCCCUCUUUGCCACUUUUGUCUUUCAGAACUUCUGUAGUUAGCAUUUGCGUUAGCAAACGUAAAUAAACGUUUCAACGCUGAGUAUUUAAGCAAUUCUGUUUUCAGAGCGUUUCCUUGGGGUUAAUCAUAGCGACGAUCAAAAGAGUGUUAGUCCACCGCUAGCGAGCUAACUUUUUACUGCAUAAAAAGGAAGGUGCUGUAGGCAAGAAGAUGGACGAAAAGAUGGACCCAGCUAAAGUGAUAUGGGCAUUGAAAAACGGUGAAGUGAACGAGGUUAAAAACGCUUUGAAAACGAAGGAAGAUGUAAAUGAGCGCCUGGAUGGGAGGUACCCUCUUCAUUAUGCUGCAGACUUUGGCCAUCUAAAAGUGGUAGAGUACCUUCUUGAGAAAGGAGCAGAUAUCAACGCCAAAGACAAGCACGAGUUGACUUCACUGAUGUGUGCCUCUUUAGAGGGUCACUGUGACUGUGUCAAGAUCCUUUUGGAAAAGGGAGCUGACAAAAACAUAAAAACAGAAAGUGGCACAUCUGCCUUCGACUCCGAGUAUCCCGCCGUUCUGGAGCUCCUCACAUCUCCUAAACCCAAGUAAGGGAGGCAGCUGGACAGGUGGAUGAACGGGCCUGCAGAUGGAUGCAGUGGUCCCCUGACAGAAGACGGCCUCACCCCAUUUACUCCAAUCAACCUCUGUCUUACCACUGCUUUGGUCUGUUUGUUGGAGGUUCAUUUUGCCUGUCUGGUGACUUUCAUUAACCUUUUUCUUCCCAUGAUUUUGGGAAUGUACUUUCUCUUCUUUGGGCCUCUGUCUGUCAGCAAAGUGACACAUAAUAGCCUCCCUUAGGGACCAAACACUGGGGGAGUUGUUAAGCUUGGAUCAUGUAACACUGUUCAGACCAGAAGUUAAGUUCUGUCAGUUUAGCACUAAAAUAUGCAUCUGAAAUUCUGCUGUCUCUUAAACGAAAACAAAACAAACCGUAACAGAUCAAUAAUGCUCAUUUUUCCACAGUUUUCCUACAUGUGACCAGUGUUUUGAACAGUAACUGCACUGUGAUAAAUUAGACGGAUUAAAAUGCCAGAUAAAUAAAUAGAAUAUGUAGCCUGUUCAUUGAUUGACCAAACUAUUUCUUCUUAAACAUGUUUAGGCCUAUUACUCGCAUAUCAAAUGACAUUUAAUGAGUUUGAAAUCUGUAUGAUUUUCUCUUCUUUUUUUGACCAAUCACCAUGCUGGUUUACUAGAAAGACUUGAAUGUUGCAGUUUUGAAAUGAUAACCUGUUGAAAAAUAGCUAACAGAACAUGAAAAUGAAAUUUCUCCCCUUGAGUGAGUGUUUUUCUUCUUUUUUUCUCAGAGCAUAACCCCUUUUGUCACUGCAUUAGCUUUCUUGGAUCUGGGUGCUGAGAAUGAUGGGUAAACAGGGAUUAGGGCUGAAACCUGAUCAUGGGGCUGCUUAUAUAUCUCCUUGCCGUGGAUUUGCUUCGAGACCCCGCCUGUUUUGCUGCAUGUCGAAUCUGCUUCUGCUUUUCUGCUACGAAACGGUUGCUGUCCUCUUGGUUGCUUUUAAAUGAAUUGCUAAGUAUGUACUGAACUAAAACAUGGUUAAACUGACUUUGUUGUGACAAAAGUCUGUACAAACCAAUAAAAAAAAAAAUCACAGGAA